UUUAACGACUUUUCACUUAAAAUUAUCGAGUUAGACCACAAAGUGUGCCUGGUUAUUCACAUCAUAAUUGUCUAUUGAUCUCAUAUUUGUUAUAAUAUUUUAAUACUUAACGUAAUUACAUAACUCGCAAAUAUGAAACUUAUAAUACUGUCAGCGCUGGUAGUAAUGGCCAGUUGUCUACCACCGACUCCUGACGACAUUGAGAACGAGUGGCAAAAGUUUAAGAGUGAAUUCCGGGGCAGUAAUGGCUUCCAGGCUAUGGCUGAUGAGCCGAAGCGCCGGCAGGUAUUUGAGACCAACUAUAAGACGAUUGUCAGCCAUAAUGACGAGGCGGACAAAGGCAUCCAUACGUACCGAAUGGGUGUCAAUCAGUUCGCCGACUGGACUGAUGAGGAGUUUCAACAGAAAAUGCUUUCACUUCAUAUGAAACCACUGACUGAUGUCCACAAUCUCACACAAUAUGUCCGAAAUACUAAUAGUAAGAAAAUAAUACCUCCGAAUCAGGACUGGACGUCGAAGGAGUCCCGUAUCAAGAACCAGGGUUCAUGCGGUUCGUGUUUCGCGUUCGCAUCGGUCGACACCAUUGAAAGUCACUACACCAUCAACACUGGCAAUAAGAUAGAGCUGUCGCCGCAGAAUAUCGUGGACUGUCUGUACCGGUCGGAUGUGUGCCAAACGGGCGGUUCACUGGCGGAGGCCUACAAUCUGGUGAAAAAAAAUGGCGGGAUUAUGGCUGAGUCGGACUACCCCUAUGAGGGAGAGUACGGCACCUGUAGCUAUAAACCAUACCUGAGCAAGGUCACGGUGUCCGGGUAUGAAGGCCUGGACAACGGCGAUGAGGUAGCCCUCAAGGAGAUGGUCUCCAAAGGCCCGGUAGCCCUGGGUAUUGACGCGUCCCUAAAAAGUUUCAAACUCUACUCGUCCGGGGUCUAUGUGGACAACACGUGCCAUAACCCCAUGAACCACGGAGUGGUGGCCGCGGGGUAUGGCGUGACCAGCGAUGGCCAGGAGUAUUGGCUCAUUAAGAACUCGUGGGAUAAAACCUGGGGUGAGGCCGGGUAUAUGAAAAUGGCCCGCAAUAACGAUAACCAGUGCGGGAUAGGACUGCACUGUCUGACCCCCACGGGGGUUACUGCUGUCUCACACUAAGCACUAUUACUAUACUGAGAGUAUGUAUGCAAAUGUGGUGAAGUCACGAAAAUUAUUUAUUUAUUUUUUAUAUACCGUAAUAUUACGGUAAUUAUAAAAGUUUAUGCUUUAUAAUUAUAAAAACACAAUCAUAUUGAAAAGUAUUUGUAAUUAAUAAAUGAUUAUUUUUGAUUAUUUUCUUAAACACGGGUUUGUGUGAUAAAACUAUAAAUUCAUUUCAAAAUAACAGUAA